AUGUCUAACGGUGAUGAGAUACUGGAAAUGUUUUUCGACGAGCAAUUCGCUCCUCUAGGAUAUCUAGAUCUGCUAUUAUCGCCAGACCAGAUGCCAAUACAAGAUCUACAACCUGUGGCCUCGUCUCUUCUGUCAAGGCUGGAUCUAUACACAGAUCGUUUGACCGGACAACUUGAGUCUAAGAUACGAAGACUUCAAAAACCGACAGAAUUGCUCAACUACACCAGUACUGACACACAAAUUGAGCGCACCACGAGACUUCAGUAUUAUUUGGACACCUUGAGUAAGUCUGUCAAGGACCUGAAGGAAGGAAUAGCUAACGUCAACACCGAGCUGGAGGAGAUAAAAUCGAGAAGCGAGGACAGCACAAAUACGAUAGAGGCACUACAGGAGCUGAGUUUGGUCAAAUGUAGGCUAUUUCAAGUAUCGACGUGUCUGAGCGACCUGCGAUCUAUAAUUGUAGCUUCAUUUGAAGGCAUCGAAGAUGAUGAGAUUCCUCAAACUGUGUCUUUAUCUGAUUUCGAGGACUCUUUGAAAGUGUUAGGAGAUUUUGUCAGCGCGGAAUUCAGGAAAUCUCUGGCAGAAGAAUCAUCAGCGAGUCGAAAUGGCGAACUUCUAGACAAAAUCCAAAAGUACGAUGACCUCAGGCUGGCUUUCAAACACCUCACCAAAUUCAGUAACGCCUACGAUGCAUUUGUUAAUCGCAUCAGAGAGGAAGCUGAACAUUAUUUGAAUAAAAAGGAUAUGGAUCCUGCAUUCCUUUGA